AUGGAUGUCAGCACUGCACCACAUGUACCCACCACCCCGUAUGCAGCCCUGGGCAGUGCUGAGACAGAGUCCAUCACUGCUGAAGCCACCACAGUCACUGCUGUCCUGCCGACUGAGGGUACCCUGAUGGGGCUGGACGUGGGGAUGGUCUCCAGUGUGGUAGCUGAUGUGUCACUGCCAGAUGGUGUCCCUGGAGGAGGGUACAGCAGCAGGACCUCGGCAGUGACAGGUACCCCUGCUAUCCACCCUGCCAGCAGAACCUCUGGAUGGGUAGCUAUUACUGUGACUCCAAGUUUUGGCUCUGACUCCUAUGAACCAGCCAUGGGCACACUGUCAGCAUCUCCACUUGUACCCAUGGAGAAGUGGACGAGCGCCUCAGUGCCACUGAGCAGCAGCACAGCUCCCACAAUGUCUGUGGGGUCACCCGGAGCUCUGCAGAGCACCACUGGGCAGCCUGCACCAGGAACAUCUGUGCCUCUACAAGAAGGGAUCACAGACAAGGAACACGUGAGUGACAGCAGCAUGCUGACAGGAGAUGUCCCAGCACCCAGUGACAGUUUGUCACCACCUGUGACACUUGCCCCUGCAACUCCUCUGGUGCUGGGAACAGAAGCACCUUCCUCAGCCACCAGCACAGCAAUUGAUAACGUUGGGUUGGUGCAGCCUCACUGUGUUGGCACUGCAGAGAAGACACCAGGGACAGAACAGACCAUGGUGCUGUCUGAUGUCCAACGCAGCACAGGGACAUCACCCCACUCCCUCACCUGGAUCCCAGCUGAGCUGCACACAGCCGCUGUGCGCCAGUCCCAGGAGGUGACAGCAGGGCUGGAUGAGGCCACCUCUCCUCUUGUCACAGCAGCCAGCAUCACUGCGGGGAACACCGAGCCUGCACCAACCACGCCUGACCGUGUCACAUCUCCCACUGUGCCAGCAACCACAGGGUCUCUCCAUCAUGUUGGAAUGCAGAAAUCAGGGACCAUGAUCCCCCCAGGCACAGCCUCUGCAACAAUCACUCCUCCUGCCAUUGACGUUGUCAGUGAGGCCACAGCUCCUGGGCUGCCAGCCCCUGGAACAUCUGGAGAUGGGCUGCACAGAGACGCAGCCGUCACCCAUCCCCGUGUCACCUUUCAGCUCAACGCCUCCACUGCAGCUGCUCCAGGCACAUCAGGCACGGCCAUGGAUGUCAGCACUACACCACAUGUACCCACCACCCCGUAUGCAGCCCUGGGCAGUGCUGAGACAGAGUCCAUCACUGCUGAAGCCACAACAGGCACUGCUGUCCUGCCAACUGAGGGCUCCUCGAUGAGAUUGAGCAUGGGCACAGUCCCCAGCACAGUUCCUGCUGUGGCAUCCUCCAGUGGCAGCACAGCUGGGCAAAUGGUGCGGUCAGUUGCCCUGGGAUUGGGCAGCCACCCACAGGCAUUAACAGGCUCAGUCCCAGUUGAAAACCCCACAGUGGGUGUCCUCAUCCCCACAGCCAACACUACGAGCACUUCUGCUGUGUCAGCACUACCAGCACCAUAUCCUUUCAGUGCCAGCACCACUACUCAGCUAGGCACGGCCACGCCAAACCGCAGCCAUAGUGCUGCUCAGGUGACAGGGGAUAUGAACACCUCCUCAGCCACUACCCCCAUGGCCAGAGGUGCUGAGCCGGGUGUCAGAAGGGCCACCCUAGUGUCACCAUCUGCAGUGGGCAGCCAACGUCCUCCCACAUCCCUGGCAUCGGUCACAGCACCGUCCCCUGCCCUCAGCCGCAACACUGCUGAACCAGAUGUGAGCGUGUCCCCUUUUGUGUUCCAGAACAGCAGUCUGGCAGUGGUGGCAUCCUCUGCCACACCAACUGUGGUGGCAUCCAUCACACCCAGUGCCAGUCUCACUGGUCCAGCAGUGGUGGCACCCUCCGUCACACCCAGCGUCAGUGCCAGUGGUCCAGCAGUGGGAACAAGCGAUACCUCUCUCGGUAUGGUCACAACACCCUCCUCUGCUGUCUCUAGCAGCUCUCUGGAGCCACACAGCCCCCAUGUCACCCCAGAGACACCCAUCAAGGCCACCAGCAGUUCCCGUGACCCAGCCUUAGAGGAUUCCAGCACAGACACAUGGGAAGCCACAGCCAUGUCCUGGAAGAACACCAUCCCCUCCAGCAAUGCCAUUACACCAGCUGGCUCACCCAGCAUUGACACCUCCAUGGUGACCAGGCACACCACGGUGUCACCUCCUACAGCAACGACCAACAGUGCUGCCCAGUCCCCCUCUGCUAUGCAUGAUGUCCCCACUGCCCUAAGAGUGACAAACCACAAGGCCACCUCUGCAUCUACUGCCAUGUCCAGCCCUGCUAAGGGCAUACCAGCAGCCAGCAGCCCCACCAGAGCAGCUCCAGGCUUAGGGGCACAGAGUGGACCAAUCACAGCACCAGGGGCAUCCGCUUAUGCCACCCCCCAGAAUCCCAUGUCCAAGCCUGGCACUGAGCUCGUCCCAGCAGUGUCACUGUACCCAUUUGGCACAGCGGAAGGGGACACAGAGUGCAUCCAGAGAACAGUGGACUUUAACUCCCCGUUGCUGGAGCCCGAGAUUGGGUUCCCCUUGGGGAAGGCACUGCGGGACGCCCUCUACUUUACAGACAACGGACAAAUCAUUUUUCCUCCCACGGACAACCACGUCCCCUCCAGCCCCCACCCCCCUUCCCAGGGCUUCAGUGGCCACGAGGCUUUACCCAUGGUGGCCGCCUUUUGGGACGAUGCGGAUUUCUCUCGUGGUGUUGGCACAACCUGGUACCAGGAGUACCCCACCCUCGGCUCCAUCCGAGAUCCUAUUAUCCAUGAUGUGGAAGCAAAGAUUCAGAAAUACACGCGGGUGCCAUACUCUGCUAAAUGGACCCUGAAGGUGACGUGGGAGAAGGCUCCAUCAUACCCGUCCCCACUGGAUGAUGCACAGACCAACACGUACCAGGCGGUGCUCUCCACUGAUGGCAGCCGCUCCUUUGCCUUGCUGCUGUACCAGGAUGGUGGCAUGCGGUGGGACUACACCGGGCUGGCAGCCAGGGACGUGCUCAUUGGCUUCUCCAGUGGUGAUGGCUAUGCCCAGAACAGUGAGCUGACUGAAGAGCCACCAGCUGUUAGGUACCGUCCAGACCAGCACCGCAGCUCCGGCACUGAUGUGCGUGGGCUGUGGCUGUUCCGGCUGGACAACCGCAGCCGGGUGAACUACAGGCUGCAGUGCCUGACGUGGCUGCAGGCACAGCCACCACCAUCCACCUGGAGUAUGGAGCUGCCACCCUGCCCCUGCUCACGGCCCCAGGCAGAGCUGGACCCCCGAUACCGCCGGAGCAGAAGCGCUGAGUCCCCUCCUGCACCUGGGGUGACCACUGUACCCCAAAAUACUUCAGAUCUCUCUGUGAUGGUGCUGCGCACCACAUCCCCCAGCCGAACGGGGGCUGGGGUGCGGUGUGUGUACCGCGGCGCAGGGUUUUUGGAGGGAUGGCAGGAGAGAUUCUGGAGCCCACCCAACAAUCUUUCAGACAACCAAGAGCUGGAGGCGUUUGAAUGGUGCUGCCGGCAAGUGGGGAAGCCUCAUUUCUGCACCAGGUACAGCGAGAAGAGACCAAGAGCUGGCUGUGAGGGAUAUGUGCCGCCCACCCCUGCCAAUGCCUUUGGGGACCCCCAUGUCACUACCUUGGACGGCCUCACCUACACCUUCAAUGCACUUGGGGACUUCAUGCUGCUGCUGGCCAGUGAUGCCCACACCAGUUUUGUGCUGCAAGGGCGCAUGGCCCGCACCAGUACAGCCCGGGCCACCAACUUCAUGGCCUUCGUUGCCCAGUACACCUCCAGCACCACCACAACAGUUGAGUGGACCUUGGGGAGCUCUAAUGAAGUACAAGUUCUGCUGAACUAUGAAACUAUCCAGUUUUCCUACUCCCGAGACAUGGAUGCUGAGGUGUACUACAGCCCCGGUGUCCUGCUGGUCAACACCUCCUCCAUCACAGCCAUCUUUGAUGGGACCAUCUCCAUCUCCGUCUCAGCCAACUCUGGGAUGCUCAAUGCGGUAUGCAGCCUGCUGGAGCAGUACCAUAAUGGCACCAGAGGCCUGCUGGGUGUAUGGAACCAUAACCCAGCAGAUGACUUCCAGAUGCCAAAUGGAACUAACAUUCCUGUAAACAGCAGUGAGGAAGAUAUCUUCAGCUAUGGGAUGACCUGGGCUGUUGGAGAGCACAGCCUGUUUGCCCAGCCCCUGGCUGCACCAGUAACAGCCUUCAACCCCAUCUUCUUGUCUCAGCUGCAACAGGAGAACAAAACCCAAUAUCAGCUGGCAGCCUCGCAGUGCCACGGCUGCAGGGAGUGCAUCUAUGACAUGCUGAGCACAGGGGAUGUGGCCCUGGGCUUGGCCACCCAGAGCCUGGUGGAGGACUAUCAGAAGAGAAAGGCAGCACUUGAUUCCUUCCCUCCCGUCAUCACUGGCAGCCCAUUGCUCACAGCAUUCAGGACAGAACAAGUCACCAGGCAGUACCGAGCUACAGGGCCGGCUGUACGCUUUGUCCCUCACAUCUCAUCAGAGCUCAACAUAUCGGAGAACGGCAUGCUGACAUGGGAGCCCCGUGGGACAGCCCCACUCAGCAUCACCCUGCAGGCUGUCAGCCCACACCUCCCCCCAGCCCUCCUGCAGCUCAGCUUCACCCUGUGCAGCUGCCGCAGCAUCCAGCAGUGUGACUACAGCAGCACGACCACCAUCGCCAGCUCCUCCUUGCAGCUGGCAGCCUGCAGGUGUGAUGAUGGAUACUGGGGCCCCUUCUGCCAGCACGCACUAGACCCCUGUGCCCAGGGCUGCUUCCCUGGGGUGGGCUGUGACCCGCACACAGGCUGUGGUCCCUGCCCACCUGGGCUGACUGGCGAUGGGCAGCACUGUGCAGAUAUCGAUGAGUGUGUGCAGAAAACAGCGUGCCAGGGGAACCUCACCUGCACCAACACUGUGGGCAGCUAUACCUGCUCCUGCCCUGCCGAUGCAGCAGGGGAAGGUCUGGGAUGUGACACUGCCUGCAGGUCCCACUCCUGCCCUGAGGGCUUCUGCAGCAACGGGGGACGCUGCCACCUGCACCCCCCUUCCUGUACACCCACCUGUGAGUGUCCCCCAGCAUUUACCGACCGGCACUGCGUGGUGGCAGGAGGGGACUUUCUGCCCUUGGCCAGCGCAGAUCUGCCCCAGAGGAGCGUGCUGCUGUGGGUCAGGGCAACGCAAAGUGCCACAGCUGAGGAAGUCAAUGCCACUGUCUCAGCCAUCCUGGGCUCUCUGGAGGUGAAGGCAUUUUGGAGCAACACCAACAUCACCUGCAUCAGGACAGCUGACGGCCUCACCUUUGCUGUGGUGGCCAAAUUUACCUACAACAGCAGCAGCUUUGUCAUCCAGUUCCUGAAUGAGGAGCUGACAGUAGCCAUCACCAAUGCUUUCAACGGGCAGAGGGCACGGCGGGAGUUGGCACACUUUGCACACUUACACCUGGACAACAUCACGGACCUGGUGAAAUUAUCAGUGCCUGAGCUGCAGCAUUACUUCUCCUGCUCGCUAUAUGGCUAUGAGGGUUACCAGCUCGACUAUGUGGGGACAAGCGGACUGAUCUGCAUCUCCCCCUGCAAGAAGGGCUACUGCCAGCACGGCGGCCACUGCCAACACCUGCCUGAGGGUCCCACGUGCAGCUGCGUGCCCUUCUCCAUCUUCUCCCCUGGCGGUGCUCACUGUGAGCAGCUCGCUGUCAGCCUCGCUGCUUUCAUCAGCAUCAUGGUGGGGGCCCUGGCACUGCUCUGCCUCCUGCUCUCCACUGCCUGUCUGGCUGCACAGCUCUGCCGUCGGCACCGGGAGCCCCGGAGGACCAAGGGGACCUUCUGGAGAGAGCGGCCGUUCACCUCUCUGAUGAAGGCAGAAGAGGGGGCAGAGGCCUCAGGAAGGCUCUGGGAAACACAGCUCCGGGCCAUCGAUCCGUCCGUCCAGAUGCGGUUCAAGAGACCCCACAUCCUGCCUCCAUGCCAAGGCACUGUGCAGCCCUAACAUGCUCUGCUCCCAGCAGUGGGGCAGCGAGAGGACCUGAAGAAGUGAUUGGAGUCAUCCAUAGGAGUGUCUACCACGGAGUGUGCCCCAGCAUGGUGCAACCAGACCCAGCAAUCACACUGC